UGGAGGAGAGCCCGGACUGGGCCACCCUGAGCCCCGAGGAGUUCGCCCACCUGCAGAAGUACCUGGACUACAGCAGCAGGAAGGUGCAGGAUGUGCUGCAGGACUUCUACGGCACCGGCGCCCUGUCCCAGCACCGGCAGGGCGAGUGCGUCGACUUCGAGGGCUUCAAGCUCUUCCUGAGGAGCUACCUGGAGGCGGACGACGUCCCCGACGCGCUCUGCCGCCACCUCUUCCGCUCCUUCCAGACCUCGGCCACCGGGCAGCCGGGCCCCGCCGACGGCAGCGGCCUCGUCUGCAUUAACGACGUCUCCUGCUACUUCUCGCUGCUGGAGGGGGGGCGCCCCGAGGACAAGCUGGAGUUCACCUUCAAGCUCUAUGACAAGGACGGCAAUGGGCUCCUGGACAGCUCGGAGGUGGAUCGGAUCAUCACGCAGAUGAUGCGGGUGGCCCAGUACCUCGACUGGGACGUCACGGAGCUGAAGCCGAUCCUGCAGGAGAUGAUGCGGGAGAUCGACUACGACGGCAGCGGGACGGUGUCGCUGGCCGAGUGGCUGCGCGGCGGCGUCACCAACAUCCCGCUGCUGGUGCUGCUGGGCCUCGAGGGGCACAUGAAGGACGACGGGCAGCACAUGUGGCGCCUGAAGCACUUCAAGCGGCCGGCGUACUGCAACGUGUGCGAGACGCUGCUGCUGGGGCUGCGCAAGCAGGGGCUCUGCUGCACCUUCUGCAAGUUCACGGUGCACGAGCGCUGCGCCCGCAAGGCCCCCCCGAGCUGCAUCAGCACCUACGCCAAGUCCCGGCGCGAGGCCGGCGUGCAGGCCCACGUGUGGGUGAAGGGCGGCUGCGAGCCCGGCAAGUGCGGCCAGUGCCACAGGAAGAUCAAGAGCUUCCAGAGCCUCACGGGGCUGCACUGCGUGUGGUGCCACCUCCAGAUCCACGAGGAGUGCGUGGCCGGCGUGCCGCCCACCUGCGACUGCGGCGCGCUGCGCGACCACGUCCUGCCGCCCUCUGCCAUCUACCCCGUGCUGCUGGAGCGGCAGGACAGCCAGAAGGACGGCGGCGGGACGCCCACGGAGGAGGCGCCGCAGGCGUUCACCACCCCCGAGGGGCAGCCGCUGCGGGUCAGCCCCGUGCCCGACACCCACCCGCUGCUCGUCUUCGUCAACCCCAAGAGCGGAGGGAAGCAGGGCGAGAGGGUGCUCCGCAAGUUCCAGUAUCUGCUCAACCCGCGGCAGGUCUACAACCUGCUGCAGGGCGGACCGAGCGCCGGGCUCAAUUUCUUCCGGGAUGUGCCCGAUUUCCGCGUCCUCGUGUGCGGCGGGGACGGCACGGUGGGCUGGAUCCUGGACGCCAUCGAUAAGGCCAACCUGCCCCGGCGGCCACCGGUGGCCGUGCUGCCCUUGGGGACCGGCAACGACCUGGCCCGCUGCUUGCGCUGGGGUGGAGGCUACGACGGGGAGAACCUGCUGAAGAUCCUCAAGGAYAUCGAGGGCAGCAGCGUGGUGCACAUGGACCGCUGGCACGUGCAGGUGCUGCCCGAGAGCCCCGCGGCCGCGGGCGACCCCGUCCCCUACGAGAUCAUCAACAACUACUUCUCCAUCGGGGUGGACGCCUCCAUCGCUCACCGCUUCCACGUCAUGCGCGAGAAGUACCCGGAGAAGUUCAACAGCAGGAUGAAGAACAAGCUCUGGUACUUGGAGUUCGCCACCUCCGAGACCAUCUUUGCCACCUGCAAAAAGCUCAAGGAGUGUCUGACCAUUGAGUGCUGCGGGACCCCCCUGGACCUGAGCGGGGCGCUCUCGGGGGUGGCCGUGCUCAACAUCCCCAGCAUGCACGGAGGCUCCAACCUGUGGGGCGAGACCAAGCGGCCGCUGGGCGAGGGGCGGCCGGCGGCGGGCGCCGCGCAGCCCCCGGCCGUCACCGACGCCGAGACGCUCAAGACGUGUGUGCAGGAUCUGAGCGACCAGCGGCUGGAGGUCGUGGGCCUGGAGGGCGUCCUUGAGAUGGGGCAGAUCUACACGGGGCUCAAGAGCGCGGGCAAGCGGCUGGCCAAGUGCUCCGAGAUCACCCUGCGGUGA